AUGAGUGGAAGAGAUCGCUUGGCCGACUUCCAGGCCCAGUCCAACAACCAGAACCAGGGCUACGGCCAGCAGCAGCAGUACGGUGGCAACCAGUACGGCAACCAGCAGCAAUACGGCAACCAGCAACAGCAGUACGGUAACCAGUAUGGUCAGCAGCAGCAGUAUGGUAACCAGCCGAACCAGUUCGCCCAGCAGAACCAGUACCAGCAGCAGCAGCAGUACGGUGGUCAGCAGCAGCCUGCUUCCCCAUCCAGGAUCGAGAUGGUCUCUGUCAAUCACAACAAUAACAACAGCGGUGCCGCGGGCGGCAACGACAUGAACGCCUUCUUCAGCGAGGUGACCUCCAUCCAAGAGGACAUUACCAAGAUUGAACAGAACAUUAACAAGAUCGAAGAGUUGCACGAUGUUUCGCUCAACAGCGUCACCACCGAGGACCAGACCGCCAGGACUACCCGUCAAUUGGAGGCCCUCACCGCCGACACCACCCAAUUGUCCAACAGAACCAAGAAGAGAAUCAAGGAUAUUGAGUUGGCUAACCUUCGUUUGGCCAACUCGUCCGAGAUUCAGAUUCGCAAGACUCAGGCUGGAUCGUUGAAGGAAAAGUUCUUGAAGACCCUUCGUCGCUACCAGUCGGCUGAGAGCGAGGCUAGAAAGAAGUAUCAGGGACGCAUGGAGAGACAGUACAAGAUUGUCAAGCCUGAUGCCACCCCUCAGGAGAUUUCUCAGGUCAUGGAGAGCGACAACCAGCAGAUUUUCGCUCAGUCUGUCCUCAACAGCACCCGUUACGGCGAUGCCAACAGAGCCCUCCGUGAAGUCCAGUCUCGCCACGACGACAUUAAGAAGAUCGAGAAGACCAUUCUUGAGUUGCACCAGUUGUUUAUUGACAUGGAGACUUUGGUGACGGAGCAGGCCGAGGUGAUGAACACCAUUGAGGAGAACACCCAGCAGACGGAUAUCCACUUGGAGACCGGAAACAAGGAGGUCGACACGGCCAUUGUGAACGCCCGUGGCGCCAGAAAGAAGAAGUGGAUCUGCUUGAUCAUCACCCUCAUCCUUCUCAUCAUUAUCGUCAUCGUCAUCUUGUCUAAGACCGAUGUUUUUAAGGGCAACGACAAACCCAAGUAA